GCAGUGCAAUUAAAUAGUGUAGUUGUAAAAGUCGAUAAAUUAUUAUUCAAUAAUAGUUCAAUCAAGUUCAAUGGUACAUUGUUGAAUGUGUACUUAAACUUCAAAUUGGUGUUGCGUCUUAUCGAAGAAAACGAAAAGACAGACAAAGAAAAAAAGAUAAUAUGCUAUAUUAUUUUUCGAACUAUUACCUUUCCACGAGGCUGUGUAAUGUAACUGAAUUUGAUAAAAUUCUAUAUCUUGAAUUUAACGAAAAUUUAUCAAAGUUACAUAAUCUUGAAAAUAUAAACUUGUGAGAUACGCAGAAUAAAAUGCAUUCUCUAAGAAAAUUAUCGGCUUUAUUUAGUCGUACCCUGAGAAAUAAUGCACGACGAAACAUAACCUCCCAACCUGCUGCAAAUGCAAAUAUCAACAAAGUGAAGUAUGUUUUAUUUCAGAAAAAACGAUAUUAGUAAAACAGAUGGGUAAGGUGACUGCAAUUGGUAUAAACCGUCCAGAAAAAAGAAAUUGCCUGGAUGUUGCAACCGCCCGUCUCUUAUCAGAAACGCUAGAUGAGUUUGAAAAUAAUGAUGAAUCGUUAGUGGCAGUAUUAUAUGGUGUAGGAGGCAAUUUUUGUGCUGGUUAUGAUCUUAAAGAAAUUGCGGACUAUGAUGGCAAAAAUGAGGAGAGCAUACCACAUUUUGGACCACUGGCAAAUAGAACUGAAUUAAUCAAGAAGCCAUUGGUUGCAGCUUUGAGUGGAUAUGCAGUUGGAAUAGGAUUUGAGCUUGCUCUAAUAUGUGACUUAAGAGUCAUAGAGGAUACAGCAACAGUAGGUUUUUUAAACCGACGGUUUGGUAUUCCAAUUUCAUGUGGAGGUACCGUUCGUUUGCCUGCCAUAAUUGGAUAUUCUAGAGCUAUGGAUCUUAUACUGACAGGAAGAAAAGUUACUGCACAGGAAGCAUUCAAUUGGGGAAUUGCACAUAGAUAUACAUGUUGUGGUGCAGCUCUGGGUACAGCAAUGAACUUAGCAAGUUCUCUGGUAAAAUUUCCACAAAAAAGUUUACUGGCAGAUCGCACGUCGGCAUAUUUUGCCACAUUUUCGCCAAAACAAAUAGAAGAGUCCUUACAAUUUGAAAAAGAUAAUUCUUCGCAUUUGAUAUUAGAAGAAGGUGUUCCAGGCGCCAAGAAAUUCAUCUAUCACGGAAUUGGAAGGCAUGGGAAGUUUCAUAAUAUUACAACAAAAGAUGACAACAUUCGAGAACUAGAUGAAAAUUUAUUAUAAGAACUUUUGACAUGUACAUACAUAUAAUGUACGUAUAUAUAUAAUGAUGUACCAAAGUUUUUGUAGCUUUCUAAAUAAGUCGGAUAAACUUGUAUAUAUUAGAAAUAUAUUUAUAUACCAGAUCCAUA